AUGAAAAGGGCUGAAGAGAAAGUAUACCAGGAAAUAUGUAACGAAGAGGAGUAUAAAAAGUUAUUUGAAAAAAAAAAUGACAUUCUGUAUAUCAUAGAUGUUUAUACACAAUGGUGCGGGCCAUGUGUUUUCACUUUUGAAAUAAUAAACAAAAUUUACAAAACCAAUUUUGCUUUUUCAGAAGGUGUAAAAAUAUUAGCUGUGUGUGCACAAACCAUUUCAUCAUUAAAAAAUUAUGACAAUAAUUCGAAGCCUUUUUACAUAAUACUAAAAAAUGGGGAAAUUAUUCGACAAAUUCAGGGAUGUAACACGCCCCAUAUUUUCUCAUUGAUUGAUGAACAUUUGACAAAUGUCAAAAUGAAUUGA